GCCUUUCCGCUCCCGCCGCCCGCCCCAGCCAUGAAGCCGCUCUGCGGGGCUGCGCUCCUGUUGCUGCUGUUCUGCGCCGCCGUCUCCGCCCAGAGCUCGUGUGUCUGCGAGAAGAACAAGCGUGUUACCAACUGCAGGCUGGAGAACGGCCAGUGCCGCUGCGACGCCAUCGGCUCCGGUGUCACCGUGGACUGCACCACCCUGACUUCAAAAUGCCUGCUAAUGAAAGCAGAAGUGAUGGGCUCAAAGUCGGGUCGUCGUGAGAAACCAAAAGAUGCAUUUGAAGAUACCGAUGGCCUCUAUGAUCCCGAGUGUGAAAACAGUGGUGCUUUCAAGGCAAAGCAGUGCAAUGGAACCACUUGUUGGUGUGUGAAUACAGCUGGAGUCAGAAGAACUGACAAACAUGAUACAGACUUGAAGUGCAAUCAAUUAGUCAGAACAAUGUGGAUCAUUAUUGAAAUGAAACAUGCUGAGAGAGAUGCUCCUCUGAAUGCUGAAUCUUUAAAGAAGUUUUUCACAGAUACCAUUACCAGUCGUUAUCAGCUGAAUGGCCGCUAUAUAGCCAGUGUUCUGUAUGAAAACCCUUACAUUACUAUUGAUUUGAAGCAAAAUGCCUCUGACAAAUCAUUCGGAGAUGUGGAUAUAGCUGAUGUGGCCUACUACUUUGAAAAAGAUGUAAAAGGUCAAUCCAUCUUUCAUAAUAAUGCUGGGCUCAAUGUCAGCAUUGACAACGAACCAGUGAAGCUUGAGAAGACAGUGGUCUACUAUGUUGAUGAAAUAGCACCAGAGUUUUCCAUGAAGUCUCUGACUCCUGGGCUUAUUGCUGUCAUUGUAGUGGUAGUAAUUGCAAUAGUGGCUGCAAUCGUUGUUCUGGUCCUCACAAGGAGGAGGAAAGGGAAGUACGUGAAAGCUGAGGUGAAGGAAAUGAAUGAAAUGCAUAGAGGACUGAAUGCCUAGUUAAAUCAACUGAAGACAAGCCACAUUCAAGCAUGAAGACAACGAAAACAUUGGAGGCAUGAAUCUUAACUCUUACAAGUUUCCUCCUGAAAAGGAGGCAAUUGUGCUCACUUAAUGAUUGUUAAAACUCUUAACAACCAAGACUGAUAACUGUUCAACUACUUUUACUAUUUGUUGAGAGUUAAAUGCACCAUCUUACUCAAGUAAAACUUAACUAUUGCUCCCUGAUUUUAUUUUUCUGUGAUGAUGAAACGAGUUGACAACUGCUGUUACUAGGGUUUUGGAGCAUACAUGCCUAAAUGGUUAUUUUACCCUCGGGAGUUCUAUUGAAAGUAAUGAUUUUGUAGCCAUGUUAUAAUAAGAUUGUCUCCUGUGUAACUGAACACAGCGUUUUUAUGGCAGUUUGUACAUAUUUGAAGUUGCUGUAACUUUUUUAUUACUUGAAUUAAUAAAACUUUGAAACAGGCUUCUAAUUCUUCCAUGGUGAAAUGAUAAUCUGCUAAGUUAUCAUGCUUACAAAUUUGUAAUUUGAUCCCUUAAGACAAGGAACUUCAGCAUUGUUGGAAAUAUUUAGAACUCCAAUUAGCAGUUUUUAUUAGCCGUCUAGUAUCUCAAUAGCAUGAUAUUUUUUCUUAAAGCUGUGAAAAGUAUAUGACAAGAGUGAAAUGAUAAUAUACAGAUUGUUGCAUAAAAAACCAACAGGCUAAGAAUGCGGUCAUUUCAGGAAUGCAUAGACUGAGCUUUCCAAAGCUAUCUAAGUAUUUAAAAUAAGCCUCUAACCUAGGACAUCUCUGGUGCAGGGUCGGGGGUGGGCAGGCUUGGCAUCUGAUAGUGGAGUGCAAUUUACCCCAUUACUGUGAUUUUUGUCUGUGGCAAAGCUGUUGCACAGUAAGGAGCUAUUUCUGCUGUUAUUCCUAUUCUCUGCCAUAGAUGUUGACCAGACUUCCACAGGCUCUCAGCCUCCCAGGACACGAGAGCUUGCUUUGGCUGUCAGUAACAAAGUGCAAUGGAUGUUGGCUAGCAAUCCUUCCAGCGUGUCUGAUUUAUAAAGGAAAUGCUGCAACUCCUAUUGCCAAAGAAAUAAUGAGAUGCAAGAUAAGGAACGGAAUGACAAACUGUGUUACUAAUGUGCAGGUUUUGACUCACCCUGGUUAAAACAGGAAAAGUAGGAUAAACUACUGAGAGGACAUUUUACAUGCAGUUCAUGGAGUUAAAUGUGAAGCAUUUCCCAUCAAUGUGCCUGCUAGCUGUCACAGGGAAGUUGCUGAACUGUGCUCAUGGUAUCUCCACUGUCACAGUUCACCAGUAUCCCUUCUGCCCUUCAACACGGUGGCACCUCACGUGCAUCCAUUGCUGUGUUGGAUAUUGCAUAAAAAUCCUGACGUAGAGAAAUUACUGGGAUGUUUUGCAGCCUUUUCAGGCAGCUUUGUCAGUGAUACAUUCUGCAGGGCAGGCUCUCCCUCUGCUGAUCUGUGCCAUUCCUGUUUUCCCCAGGUAUGUGGGCGAUCUGCUGAGGUGUGAUGAAUUUUAUACAAUUCUGUAAGCUGUUAACCAAAUAAAGCCAAGUUUUCAGUAA